AUGAAUGUUGUACUUGAGAAUCUGAUUGAUAGGAGUCAAUCAGCCUUUGUACCUAGAAGACAGAUAUCUGAUAAAACAAUACUGAGCCAUGAAUUGGUUAAAGGGUACUCUAAAAAGGGAAUACCAGCUAGAUGCAUAUUGAAGGUAGAUCUACAAAAACCUUAUGAUUCAAUUGAGUGUGUUUAUUUAGAGCAAGUACUGGUGCAGCUUCCAUUUCCUGAUCUCUUGAUCAAAUGGACAAUGAUUUCCUUAACAUCUUUGUCCUACUCUAUCAACCUAAAUAGUUAUCCCACAUCACCAUUUGCUGCAAAAAGAGGAUUAAGGCAGGGAGACCCGAUGUCUCAUUACCUCUUUAUUAUAGCAAUGGAAUACCUAAAUAGGUUACUCAAGACUCUUCAUAGUGAUGGAAGCUUUCAUUUUCAUCCCAGAUGUGCUAAACUCAAAAUGAUACAACUCAGCUUUGCUGAUGACCUGCUUUUAUUUAGCAAGGGGGAUGUAUUCUCAGUCCAAGAUUUGUCAACUUCUUUAGAAAUGCUCUAUCUAUUUUGGUGGGGUGAAGCAAUCUGUACAGGAUCAGAUACUUAA